AUGGAGAACAACAACCAGGAUGUCGAUCAGCAGUCGUACAUGGACAAUGCAAUUCGCGCAGUGCAGCAGAAGAAGCCCAUCCCUGAAAUCGACUUUACCCUGCACACCAUGGAAGACGGCACACAAGUGAGCACUCAAGAGCGUGUAUGCAAAGACGUUCAAGCCCCAGCCUUCCACCCACCCACCGAUGAACAAUUCUUCUCGCCCCAAGAUCGCACAAAGCCCAACAUCCAAUUUUUGAAGCAGCACUUCUACCGCGAAGGCCGCUUGACCGAACAGCAGGCGCUAUGGAUCAUCAAGAAGGGUGCAGAGAUUCUGAGGUCAGAGCCUAACCUCCUGGAGAUGGACGCUCCCAUCACAGUCUGCGGUGAUGUUCACGGGCAAUACUACGAUUUGAUGAAGCUUUUCGAAGUUGGUGGAGACCCAGCAGAGACACGCUACCUGUUCUUGGGUGACUACGUCGAUCGAGGUUACUUCAGUAUUGAGUGCGUUUUGUACCUGUGGUCGCUGAAGAUCUGGUACCCCAACACGCUUUGGCUGCUCCGUGGUAACCAUGAAUGUCGCCAUUUGACCGAUUACUUCACAUUCAAGCUCGAAUGCAAGCACAAGUACUCCGAGGCUGUCUACGAAGCCUGCAUGGAAGCUUUCUGCGCGCUUCCUCUCGCCGCUGUCAUGAACAAGCAAUUCCUGUGUAUACACGGAGGAUUGAGCCCCGAGCUCCACACCCUCGAGGACCUGAAGAGCAUUGACCGAUUCCGCGAACCACCCACACACGGCCUCAUGUGCGACAUCUUGUGGGCCGAUCCUCUCGAAGAGUUUGGUCAGGAAAAGACAAAUGACUUUUUCAUCCACAACCACGUCCGUGGUUGCUCAUACUUCUUCUCGUACCCCGCUGCAUGCGCCUUCCUCGAAAAGAACAACCUGCUCUCCAUUAUUCGUGCGCACGAGGCGCAAGAUGCUGGAUACCGAAUGUAUAGGAAAACAAGGACCACUGGUUUCCCCAGUGUCAUGACUAUCUUUAGUGCGCCGAACUACCUCGACGUCUACAACAACAAGGCUGCCGUCCUCAAGUACGAAAACAACGUCAUGAACAUCAGGCAGUUCAACUGCACACCUCACCCAUACUGGUUGCCCAACUUCAUGGAUGUCUUCACAUGGUCUCUGCCUUUCGUCGGAGAGAAGAUCACGGACAUGCUCAUCGCAAUUUUGAACACAUGUUCCAAGGAGGAGCUCGAGGAGGAGACACCCAGCUCAUUGGCUUCCGGACCAUCUUCCCCACAGCCCCUUGCCAACCUCGACCCAGACUCGACGGAGUUCAAGCGCCGGGCAAUCAAGAACAAGAUUCUGGCCAUCGGCCGCCUGUCUCGCGUAUUCCAAGUGUUGCGUGAAGAGUCUGAGCGUGUCACUGAGUUGAAGACAGCGUCUGGAGGUCGUCUGCCGGCGGGUACACUCAUGCUUGGUGCGGAGGGUAUCAAGCAAGCUAUCCACAGCUUCGAAGACGCCCGUAAGGUCGAUUUGCAGAACGAGCGUCUGCCGCCAAGCCACGAGGAAGUUCGCAAAUCUCAGGAGGUGCACCGAGAGCAGGCUCUCGAGAAGGCUACCAAGGAGGCAGAGAACGACAAGGAGCUCGGCAGGGUUGCACGAAGAAUCAGCAUGUGA